GAAGUUUGCCCACCAUGGCCGACGGCGCGAAGGAGUCCGAGAUUCUGAAGGGGUAUGUGAAGAACGGCGACGUGGUGGGCAGCUGUGUCAUCGGCGGCCUGGACUCCAAGACGGUGGCGCUGUUUCUGAGGCUGGUUGGGUAAAGGUGAAGUGCUUCACCGUUGACAUUGGCCAGCCUGAUGAGCUUGAUAUCAGUGACGUGGUUAAGAAGAUGGCGCCGUGCGGAUUGGAGACGACAGUGGUCGACCUCAAGGACGACAUCGCGGAGUGCGCUUUCGAAUGCAUCGCUUGCAUGGCGAUGUACGAUGGAGGCUACUGGCAAUCCACCGGUGUUGGGAGGAUUGUGACCGCCCGUGGCUUGUUGCUGGCCAUGAAGAAGCAGGGCUGUACCGUUCUCUCCCAUGGCGCUACAGGCCGCGGCAACGACCAAGUGCGCUUUGAGCGGUACGCGAACGUGAUCGACCCGAACUUCAAGGUGUACGCCCCGUGGCGAGACCCCACCUUGCUGGAAGAAUUCCCAGGCCGGACGCAGAUGUUAGAGUACCUACAGCAGCAUAAUAUCGGCCAUCAGAUCGUCUCGCAGGCGAAGAAGCGCUACUCCACAGACGCCAAGAUUUGUGGUCUCAGCAACGAGGCAGAAGACCUGGAGUCCAUGGAGACACCCAUGACCAUCUGCAAUCCGGUGAUGGGUGUCUGGCCGAAGGAUGCCCCAGAGAAGCCCGAGGAGGUGACUUUCAAGUUCCAGAGGGGGACGCUGCGUGGCCAUCAAUGGCACGGAGAUGAUGCCCCUGAGAGUCAUCCAGGAGGCUAACAAGAUUGGUGGGCGCAAUGGCCUGGGCCUUUCUCACGCUCUGGAGAACCCGAUCUUGGGCACCAAGUCCCGUGGGGUCUACGAGGCACCCGGAAUGACCCUGCUGGGCCGAGCGCUCACGUACGUAUAUCAGUCUGUGUUGGACCGCCGCUCCACGGCCCUCUUCAAGACGCUCUCGAGCCAUGUCGCAGAUCAGAUCUACGACGGGUCAAAGUUGAGCUGUAUAAAGGCAACGUCCACUUCUUGAGUUUGGUUGAUUGCCCGCACAGCCUGUACUCCGAGGCGGACUCUUCCAUGGAAGCAUCUGAGGGCUUGAACCCAGUGAGCUCGCAGGGUUUCUUGGAAGUCUCGGGUGUUGAGGCCAAGAGCAUGGCAAAGGCGGGCCUCAUCGACUACGGCAGCGUCUGGGCAAAGAGGCAGAAGAAGGCAUACGAACUCACACGAAGGCGUAAGCGUCGGUUGAGCAGUAGGCAGUAGGAGACGUUUGACGGUUACUCAGCAGCGCUCUAGGUCAGUUUUGUGUUGUUUGGCACGUUCACUGUCUCAGGCUUGCGUGAUCGCACCGUCCAACAAAAA